ACAUAUGUAUAUAAUAUACCUAGGUACAAUAUGGUACGCAGCUGCUGCCAACCGUCAAUGUAUACCCAUUUGUUCACCCAAUAACCUUUAUGCGGGUUGCUGUAGCGUAACGUAAAUCUCAAUAUUGGAUGCGACUCGACGUCACUCAGUGGACUCAACAAAGGGAGGGGGAAAGAAGCAUCGGUGCCCAAUUUAGAGCAAACGUAAGUUAAAGUAUGUGCUACCUGCACUAGAAAGAAAUAGUAGAAGCCUUCCAUUGUGAUUUAGGUUUCCAACUUCAUUUUUAAUCCGAAAAUGGCUGCGACGGAGUCAUCUUAUUCGACACCCAAGUGGUGGAAGGAAGCUGUGGUCUACCAGAUCUACCCCGCAAGUUUUCAGUGUCAGCCUGGCGUAACUUCAGGAUGGGGCACUAUCAAGGGUAUUACCUCUCGACUUGACUACUUGAAAUCGUUGGGUGUAGAUGUGGUCUGGUCUUCACCCAUUCUCAAGUCCCCGCAGGCCGAUAUGGGGUACGACAUUGCCGAUUACAAGCAGAUUGACUCGCGGUACGGGUCGCUUGAAGAUGUCGAUGAGCUUAUCGCCGAGUUAAAGAAGCGGGAUAUGAAACUCAUGAUGGAUUUGGUGGUAAACCAUACGAGCAACGAGCAUCCAUGGUUUCUCGAGAGUCGUGCGGGUAUCGAAAAUCCCAAGCGCAGUUGGUACAUCUGGAAAAGGCCGAAGAGCAUUGGUCCCGAUGGCGUACCAGAGCCACCUAACAACUGGGCGCAGAUUCUUGGCGAAGCUAAUUCGGCUUGGACUUACGAUGAAAAGACUGGCGAAUUUUAUCUCAGUCUUUUCACACCAGAACAGCCUGAUUUAAACUGGGAAAAUCCGGAGGUCAGGGCGGCCAUCUGGGAUGUGAUGCAUUUCUGGAUGGCCCAAGGCGCGUCCGGUUUUCGAAUGGACGUUAUUAACCUAAUCUCUAAGGUUCCUGGUUAUCCGGAUGCUGACAUCGUCCUUGGUCCCGGCCACAAAUACCAACCAGGGACGAAGUAUUUCGUUAACGGACCAAAGCUACACGACUACCUACGAGAGAUGUACCAAGAGGUACUGAGUAAGUACGAUACGAUCACGGUGGGUGAGAUGCCCGGCGUCAGCGACGAGAAAGAGAUUCUGCGAAGUGUUGGUUCCAAUUCCGAAGAGCUGAGAAUGAUCUUCAUAUUCGACUUGGUGGACAUCGAUAAACCUAAUGUUAGGAUGGCCCUGAAGCCAUGGGACGUCAAAGAGAUGAAGUCAAUUAUUACGAGGUGGCAACGGGUGAUGAUAGAUCACGAUGGAUGGAACUCGGUGUUUAUUGAAAACCACGACAAUCCGAGAUCGAUCUCGCGAUACACAGACGACAGCGAUGAAUGGCGGGUGAAGGGUGCCAAGCUUCUCUCACUUAUGCAGACCACCCUCGGGGGCACCCUUUUCGUCUACCAAGGCGAGGAGAUAGGCAUUCGCAAUGCUCCCACCACGUGGGAUAUUUCCGAAUUUAAGGAUAUCGAAACCAUCAACUACUGGAAGAAGUGCGAGAAACUGUACGCGAACGAUAAGGAGAAGCUUGCUUACGCCCGGAAAAUUAUUGACAUGAAGGCACGCGACCACGCACGAACCCCAAUGCAAUGGAGCGCAGGGGAGAACGCGGGUUUCUGCGACCCGGGUACGAAGCCGUGGAUGAGAGUCAUGGAUGAUUAUAAGUCCAUAAAUGUCGAGGCUCAAUUGAAAGCAGAUGACCCCAAAGAAUCCUCCGUUUGGCAAUUCUGGCAGGAGGCAUUGAAAAGCAGAAAGGAGCAUGCCAAUGCUUUCGUAUACGGAGACUUCCAGGAAUUAUCCCCAGAGCAUUCAGAGAUAUAUGCUUAUGUUCGAAAAAGAGUGGAGGGCGUUCGUUGGCUUGUUAUCCUCAACUUUUCUAAGAAGGAAUUGGAAUGGGAAUUUCCUCAGGGGGUUGAGAUCGAAGCCUGGGCCAUUAGCAAUUACGUGAAAGGUAUUCCGGACAAGCCAAAGCAGUCAUCCGUAACCCUGAAGCCAUGGGAAGGAGUUCUGGGCAAGUUGAAGUAGAACAUGAGGUCGACUUUUUGGGAGAGCCCGAAAGAUACAGAUUCAGAACUAGAGUGCUCACGAAAAUAUCCGUGAAAUAUCGAUGCGCGUCAGCUUACGUAUUCGAGUUCACUAAUCUCUUCGUACCCCAACAUUGAAGCCGAGGUCAUCGCACCGCUAGAAUAUCAUGCAUAGGGUAUUUUAAUCGUAUCUUCAUAAUUAUAUCAACAAAAACAACCGUCUAAGCAGUGCAUUGUGUCGUUGCCAUCCCAGUUCAAAUAAUUAUGAAUACCCGGAUAUCGCAUAUAAGGUAAUCAAACACAGCGAUCUUCAGAAUAUCUCACUGGCCUUAGUUGUCUAGUGGGCUGAUAACGGGAUCCCAACACACGGGUGCGUAUACAUCGAACUC